AUGACAAGGGCUGCGUUGACUGCAAAGACUACCACGGCUUUGACAUACAUACGGAAGGAGUAUGUGCGACGCCUUAAGAAAGUCCCGGGUGCACCUAUCCACCUGUACAAUGUCGUGGACAGUUCUACGCCAUCUCUGCAGUUCAAGUACAUCCCAGAGUACGUGCUUCGAGAAGGCGUUCAUCGCGCCUCGAGUGAGGCACAAGUCGGUUGUCAGCAGUGCUCGCCGCAUAUGGGCCGCGACAUCGGUUGCGAAUAUACUAAGAAAUGCGAUUGCCUAGAAUACGCCGCAGUUGAUGAGAGCCGCAUCACGGAUCCAGAGAUGAUUGCGCAAUACGAAGACUACAAGCUCAACGGUGGGGACUCGAUGGGUUUCCCCAAGAAGUUUCCGUACUUCGCUGAGGGUACUAAGAUUCAGCGUACAGGCGCCCUAGUACCGUUCUACCUCAACUCUCGCCGGCCGAUUUAUGAAUGCAACGACAAAUGUAAGUGCGGUCAGUACUGUCGGAAUAAAAACGUGCAGUUUGGUCGCACUGUGGAAGUUGAGAUAUUCAAGACACCCACCGGACGAGGCUGGGGCUUAAGAUGUAAGAAAGAUCUUCACGAGGGUCAAUUCAUCGACACUUAUCGUGGAGAGGUCAUCACUGACGCUGAGGCGACCCGUCGUGAGGAAGCGUCAUUAUCCAAAGCCAAAGCAUCGUAUCUGUAUUCCCUCGACAAGUUCGCCGACACGGAGAAUCUGAACGUUGAGGAAAUUUAUGUCGUCGAUGGCGAGUUUAUGGGCGGCCCGACCAAAUUCAUUAACCAUUGCUGCGAGCCGAAUUGUCGCCAGUACACAGUAAGCUACAACAAGCAUGACUGCAAAGUUUACGACAUCGCCUUCUUUGCAUGUCGCUUCAUUCCUGCGGGCGAAGAGUUGACGUUCGAUUACCUCGAUAAGGACGAGAGUGAGAGCCAGGAAUUGGAAGAACCUGGUGAAGGAGCGAUACCUUGUCUAUGUGGCGCGAAGAAUUGCAGGAAAUGGCUGUGGACUUGA